GCCCGCGCUUCUCAGAUAGACACCCAAAUUGUUAAGUAAGCAUUGUGUUUUCUGGAGUUCACGUGGUUGCCUUGUUCUCGUUAUUAAAAUACAUUUUUAAUCAAAUUAACAGGAGCAACAGAUUUCGACAGAUAUGGCAUCUGAAUCAGAAUUGAAACUCGGCCAGAAACUGAAUGAGGGGAAGACUAAGCAGAUCUUUGAGCUGCCUGAUGAACCUGGUCACGUUUUGGUCCAAUCAAAAGACCAAAUCACAGCUGGAAAUGCAGUCAGAAAGGACCAAAUGGAAGGGAAGGCCGCGAUAGCAAACAAGACCACGAGCUGUGUGUUCAGACUCUUGCAGGACGCAGGAAUAAAGACAGCGUUUGUGAGGCAGCAUUCUGAGACAGCGUUUGUGGCUGCCCACUGUGAGAUGAUCCCCAUCGAGUGGGUAUGCAGACGGGUUGCCACUGGGUCUUUCCUCAAGAGGAACCCUGGAGUCAAAGAAGGGUACAGGUUCGCCCCUCUAAAAAUGGAGAUGUUCUUCAAGGAUGAUGCCAACAAUGACCCCCAGUGGUCAGAGGAGCAGCUGCUGGCAGCAAACCUAAGCCCGGCAGGCGUUUCCAUUGGUCGCUGUGAGGUGGACAUCAUGAACCGAAGCACAGUGGCCAUUUUUGAGAUCCUGGAGAAAGCCUGGUGUACUCAGAACUGCACUCUGGUGGACAUGAAGAUCGAGUUUGGCGUGAAUGUAACCACAAAGGAAAUUGUGCUGGCCGAUGUGAUUGACAACGACUCUUGGAGACUGUGGCCAGCUGGGGACCGAAGCCAGCAGAAAGACAAACAGGUGUAUCGCGACCUGAAGGAGGUCACACCAGAGGCCAUGCAGAUGGUGAAAAGGAACUUUGAAUGGGUCUCUGAAAGAGUUAAGCUUCUCUUAGAGCCUCAGGCAAGUGGUAGGGUUGUGGUUCUGAUGGGCUCCACUUCAGACAUGGCCCACUGCGAGAAGAUCCGCAAAGCGUGCGGUACUUACGGCAUCCCCUGUGCCCUCAGGGUCACCUCUGCGCACAAAGGACCAGACGAGACACUCCGCAUCAAAGCAGAGUAUGAGGGGGAUGGAGUGCCCACUAUCUUUGUGGCUGUGGCAGGCAGAAGUAAUGGACUGGGUCCAGUGAUGUCUGGGAACACAGCCUAUCCUGUCAUCAACUGCCCCCCAGUAACCCCUGACUGGGGAGCUCAGGACGUCUGGUCCUCCCUUCGCAUGCCCAGCGGUCUUGGCUGCUCCACUGUGCUCUCGCCAGAUGCUGCGGCCCAGUUUGCUGCUCAGAUCCUGGGACUGACAGACCACCUGAUCUGGGCCAAACUACGAGCCUCCAUGUUGAACACCUGGGUUUCUUUGAAGCUGGCUGACAAGAAACUGCAGGAGUGCAGCAUCUGAGGAGCCUUUCUCAGCAUUUCUUGGUACCAUUCCAGAGUUUUCCUCGGUACAUUCAUGAUGAAUGUGCCUCCACGUUACAUUUCUGGUUGAUAGAAAUAUAAGAGAACAAAAUAAUGUGAUCAUUUGUGGUAGUGCUAAGUUCUUUAUUA